AUGGGAAAAAAUACGGAUAAACUAUAUGUAACACAUUCUGAAUGGUCAGGAAUAGAUGGACAAUAUAGCACAUCUACUGGAAUUACAAAACGGAAAAUAGAUCAACCUUUUUAUAAAUUAUCUUUUCAAUACUGUAAUUUAUCGCUACAGCCUUUUGAAAAUCCUGUUUGCUAUAUAAAUGAGGCAAACGAAGCGUUUAUUUUUGAGCUAUUACAUAUAAUUCCUUAUAUAAAAAAACAUAAAAAAAACCCAGUAACAGGAGAAAGACUUGAAGCAAAAUCCCUUCUGAAAUUGAACUUUCAUAAAAAUGAAGAUGGAGAAUAUUGUUGUCCAAUUACAUAUAAGAUAUUUAAUAACCAUAGUCAUAUUGUCGCAAUAAAAACAUCUGGAAAUGUAUUUUCAUGGGAUGCUGUAAACAAUUUAAACAUUAAAGCUAAAAAUAUGAAAGAGUUAUUAACCAAUGAACCAUUUACAAGAAAUGAUAUAAUUACUAUCCAGGAUCCACAUAAUUUUCAAACACAUGAAAUAUCAAAAUUAGAAGGCCUUAAUAAAAAUGAAGAUUCUAUCGUAAAAAUCCAAGCAUGUACAAACAAAGAACUAGAAUCUAAUAUAAACUCUAUAGAAAAAAAUAUUACUGAUUCAAAAUCUAUAUUUAAUAAUGGAUCCAAUAUGAGUUUUGAUAUACAAAAUAAAAGAAAUGACUUAUUGGAUACUAAAGAUCUAAAAAACGAUCCAAAAUAUUCUAAACAAGAAAAAAAACAUUCUUAUAAUGUAGCACCAUAUACUACUGGUCUUGCAGCAGCUAGUUUUACCAGUACCUCUCUUACUCCAAUUACUUCUUUAGAAAGAGCUUUAUAUACUGAUGAAGAAUAUAUGUUAAUACCUAAAAGGAUAAAAACAAAAGGUUAUGCUAGAAUUCAAACAAAUUUAGGGAAUAUAAACAUAGAAUUAAAUGCAGAAUGGGCACCCAAAACUGUUUAUAAUUUUAUUAUGCUUGCAAAACGAGGAGAUUAUAAAAAUGUAAUAUUUCAUAGAAAUAUCAAAAACUUUAUGAUUCAAGGAGGAGAUCCUACAGGUACUGGCAGAGGUGGAAAAUCAUUUUGGGGAAAAGAUUUUAAUGAUGAAAUUCAAGGCCCAUUAAGUCAUAAUCAAAGAGGAAUACUUAGUAUGGCCAAUAAAGGAAAAAAUACGAAUUCAUCACAAUUUUUUAUAACUUAUAAAGAAACAAAACAUUUAGAUCGUAAGCAUACCAUUUUUGGUAAAGUAGUUGGAGGGAUGGAAACUUUAGAAAAAAUGGAAAACAGCCCAGUGGAUUCUUCUGAUAAACCUAUUUCGGAUAUAAUAAUGACAGACAUUAUUGUUUUUGUUGAUCCGUUUGAAGAAUUUAAAAAAAUACAACUUUUGGACGAAAAAAAACAAGAAAACACAAAUUCUUUAGAAAAUGAUGAUACAACUUGGACAGGUAAAUUUUUAACCAUAAAUAAAGAUAUCCAUAAAAGCUCAACCAUUGGAAAGUAUCUAAAGAAAAAUAACAUAUUGAAUAAAAUAGAUGAAGAAAUUAUAGAAAUAAAUAAUAAAUCUGAAAUAUCUGAACCAAAAAAAAAAAAAAGGAGAGGAUUUGGAAAUUUUGAUAAUUGGUAA